UGUGUUUAUAUGAUAAGAAAGUUUCCACUGUCUGUAGUUGAACUUAAAUAUGACAAACUUUUUGAUUUUUGAAACUUAUUGUUGUGAAUAAUUAUGAUUUUAAACUCAACCGACGAUAUAACAUGAAGUUCAGAUAUUUUGCAGUAUUUUGUAUUAUAUUUUUAGUCACGAGUAUUUACAUUUUCAUUUUCGAAAGACAACGGCCAGUUUUCGUUGGAUUAGUCACAGAAACGCAUAAACAGUUCGACAGUUUACGAACCUUCAAACAAGACUUGAAAGAAGCCAGUGAAAAGCUUCUAAAUGUGGACAGACGAUACAUGAUACGUCUCGGAUUCAAAGAGAAUCCUCAGCUGUAUCCAGAUUAUUUCAUGCGGAAUGUAACCCUUCCAGUAAUCGUAACCUAUGCUAAAAGUGGCCAACAAGAUCAAGCUGUGAGUUUCGUUCGUAACAUGGCCAGCUUAUUACCUGAACAUCUAACAUUGAUGUACAACAUCGGAUUGCAAGCAUACGAAUUAUUUCUAUUACAAGGAUUUUGCAAAAGUAAUCAUUGUUUGAUCAGAAAUUUCGAUUUGGAUAUGUAUCCUCCUCAUAUUAAAAGUGAUCAGUCUCUUUUCCGGCCUUUGAUUAUUCAAGAUGCUUUAACCAAAGUAGGCAGUGUGUUUUUCAUGGAAUGUGAUGUACGAUUACUGACGGCAGACGUAAAACAUAUCUUCAAUGAAGCAAAAAAAAGUGAAAUUUUGGCCUGGCAGUCAAAAUAUCCCACUUCUGCGGUUACGCAUCCUAAGAUGUUUGAAUAUUUCAAAGCUUCUGAAGAGAACUUUUACUUCAUUCCUGCUGUCGAAACAUCAAAAUUAAUCUUAUACAAUACCAAAAUGGUUCAUUACGACAUUAUGUACCCAUGGAUAAAAUGUGUUUUAAUUAGAAGCUGUGUAUUACCUAUCGGAGCUCAAAACUCAGGAUGCCAGUAUGAUAAAAAGCCACAAUAUCGUUAUUCUGGCUGUCACUUAAAUGAUGCUUCAGCUCUGAGUGUUGUUCUUGGCCAACAUUUCAACUACGAUAGUAGCGAAUAUUUGAGCGCAUACGAUAAGGAUAUUUUUCGCGAAGUUUCGGCGGAUGAUGCUAAAUUAGAAAUAUCGUCGUUAUUGCAAAAUAACAGCGAAAAAUCUAAUGGAGUUUCCAAAUGGAUGAUUUUAUAAAACGACCUUUUCUAAUGAUUGAUUCUUUUCAACUGUACGUAUUGUGCUGGGAACAUUUUUCCAUAUUUUUAACGAGCACUUCAAUUCGUUCGUGAUUUUUUUUCUUUAAAAAAAAAAAUAAUAAAAAUAGAAAUCUGGAAUUUAUACCUGAUAGAAAAAUUAUUUGCAUGUAUCAUUGGUGUUUUUCAUUAGUCUUGUUGUAGUAUUUUUUACUUACGAGUAGAUACUAUUAUUUUGAGAAUGAAUAAUUCGUAAUUUCAAAAACUGCGGUAAAUUUAUAAAUAUCUAUGGUACGAUUAUAAUGUAAAUUCGAACUAUCGACUGUUUGAUGUACAGUAGAACUAAAUACUCGUGGUAAAUUCACUACAGGUUGAUAUUCUUAAUUGAUGGAUCUGACAUGUGUUUUGUAUUCGUAUCUUAAAAACAAAAUAUAUAGGCUGUGAUAUUUAUAA